UCCCAUUCGGAGUCUUAAGUGUGAUGUGGGUUUUGCUUAUAUAAUUACUAUUUACAUACCACAGCUUAACCACCCACCGGUUUUCUUGAUUUUUCCUUUGGGAGUUGAGAGAAUAUGGAGAAUUCUUUUGUACUUUUAUUGGUGUUAAUUGCAACUUUGGCUAUCAUUCAUAAUGUUCAAGCUCAAGACCAAGAAGGAUUCAUCAGUUUGGAUUGUGGGCUAUCUGCGAACGAACUGUCCCCUUAUAUUGAUACUUAUACGGGGCUGAACUUCUCCUCAGACGCAACAUUCAUCCAAAGUGGAGAAACUGGUAGAAUUCAGCCAAGUUCGGUGGGGACAUUAAGGAAGCCAUACAGAACGAUGAGAUAUUUUCCAGAUGGAAUACGGAACUGCUACAAUCUGAAUGUUGAGAGGGGGCGUACAUAUCUUAUCAGAGCUUCUUUUAGAUAUGGAAAUUACGAUGGUCGCAACAUUAAACCGGUCUUUGAUCUUUAUCUUGGACCUAAUCUAUGGGCCACUGUUGAUUUAGAAACAGAGCUGGAUGGUGUAUGGAAAGAAAUCUUGCACAUCCCAACAUCAAACUUAUUGAAGAUUUGUCUUGUUAAGACUGGUGAAACUACGCCGCUAGUAACGACUAUGGAAUUACGGCCCAUGAGAAAUGAUUCCUAUGUCACUACACCGGGCUCCCUGAAGAAGAACUACGUAAAUUAUCUUAGUAAUUCAACAUUAGCGCUACGGUACUCAAGCGAUAUCUAUGAUCGCAUAUGGACACCGUUAUUUGGGAAGGUGUGGACCCAGAUUUCCACCACUCUUGACGUGAACAAUUCCAACGAAUACGCUCCACCAAAAGCUGCACUACAAAAUGCUGCUACGCCUACUAAUGCCAGUGAGCCACUGGCUAUUCAAUGGGAUUUAGCAAGUCCUGAUGAACAAUAUUACUUGUACGCACACUUUGCUGAGCUCCAAGACUUGCAGGCAAAUGAAACCAGGGAAUUCAACAUGUUUUGGAAUGGACAACAUUUGUAUGGCCCUCUUACUCCUCCAAAGCUCAAAGUACUUACUGUCUCUAGCCAGUCCCCUAUAACUUGCAAAGGAGGUAAAUGCAUUUUACAGCUGAUACGAACCAACAGAUCAACUCAUCCACCUCUCCUUAAUGCUUUUGAAGUCUACACAGUCAUUCAGUUUCCGCAGUCCGAAACGCAUGAAAGCGACGUGAGUGCUAUAAGAAGCAUUGCCACCAGCUACGCAUUAAGUAGAUUUAACUGGCAGGGUGAUCCAUGCUUCCCUCAGCAGCUUAGGUGGGAAGGUUUAAACUGCACAAACGUGGAUAUCUCCACACCACCAAGAAUCACUUCUUUAAAUCUGUCUUCAAGUGGUUUAACUGGAACCAUAGCAGCUGCCAUUCAAAGUCUUACACAACUAGAAAAACUGGACUUGUCCAAUAAUAACUUGACUGGAGUAGUGCCAGAGUUUCUAGGCAACAUGAAAUCGUUGAUGGUCAUAAAUUUAAGCGGGAACAAUCUUAAUGGUUCACUUCCUCAAGCCUUACAAAGGAAAGGACUGGAGCUAUCUGUGAAAGGAAACCCAGAGCUUUGUGUCUCCGAUUCAUGUGGAAAACCAAUUAAGAACAAAGUUUUUGUACCAGUUGUUGCAUCAGUUGCUUCUGCAGCCAUUGCCAUUGCCAUUGCUGCAUUGGUUAUUUUCCUUGUACUCAGAAAGAAAAGAUCAAAGACUGAUGAAGGUUUACCCCGGCCGCAAAGUAGGCCAACGGUGAAUGAUACAUUUGCUAAAAUGAACAGGAGGAGGUUCACAUAUUCAGAGGUCAUCAAAAUGACAAAUAACUUCCAAAGAGUUUUAGGUAAAGGAGGGUUCGGCAUGGUGUAUCACGGUUCUGUUAAUGGUUCGGAACAAGUGGCCGUUAAACUACUCUCUCAAUAUUCAACUCAAGGCUAUAAAGAAUUCAAAGCAGAGGUUGAUCUUCUUUUAAGAGUUCACCAUACAAAUUUGGUGAGCCUCGUCGGAUAUUGCUUUGAAGGAGAUACAUUGGCACUCAUCUAUGAGUUUCUGCCCAAUGGAGACUUGAAACAACAUUUGGCAGGAAAAGGAGGUAGACCUCUCAUCAACUGGAGAAUUCGACUUCAGAUAGCUUUGGAGGCAGCACUAGGACUGGAGUACUUACAUAUUGGAUGCACACCGCCCAUGGUUCAUAGAGAUGUCAAAACUGCAAACAUAUUGUUGGACGAGAAUUUUAAGGCCAAACUCGCUGAUUUUGGUCUCUCAAGAUCUUUUCAAAGUGGAGGUGAAUCUCAGGUUUCAACGGUAAUUGCUGGUACUCUGGGAUACCUUGAUCCUGAAUGUAACAGUUCAGGUCGACUAAGUGAGAAGAGUGAUGUCUACAGUUUCGGGAUCGUGUUGUUGGAGAUGAUCACAAACCAACCCGUGAUUAGUCAAACUUCGGAGUUUUUACACAUAACGAAAUGGGUUGGCUUUAAACUCAGCAGAGGCGAUAUAAUCGAGAUUAUGGAUCCAAAUCUUGGCAAGGAUUACGGCUCCAAUUCUGCAUGGAGAGCUCUUGAGCUAGCAAUGUCAUGUGCGGAUCCUUCUUCCUACAAACGACCAUCUAUGUCUCAGGUCAUUCAUGAGCUAAAAGAGUGUAUCGUGUUGGAAAACUCGAGGGUCAAUAAUAAUCAAGGCUUGGAAUCUCAAGCAAUGAGAAGCAUUAGCUUGGGCUCUUCGGUGGGUCCCAUGGCAAGAUAGUCUCGAGUGUUGUCUACUUGUGGUAGUAAUAAUGGAAGCAACACGUCGAUAAUCAGCUACACUUUAAGUAAAGUUCGUAAUAGUCCAAUUUUUUCAUUUUGGUUUGGUCAUCAACGUGUCUAGAACGUUUUCUCUCUUCUUUUUGGUUCUUCAUAUGUGUCAUGAGUACCACGAAACAUCAAUCAUUUCUAAGACCAUUUCAGUAUGUUGUUUGGUUUCUUUGUACGUGUUUGCUCUUGAGUACCACGCCUUGAUAGUUCAUGGAAUGGG